AUGCUUUAUUUUCUGGCCGUUCAGGGGAAGCUGUACGCCGUACGGUCUCUGGGCAUGGUGGAGUGUUACAACCCUGAGAAUGAUGCCUGGACUUAUGUGUCUUCCAUGCCUGACCUGCUGGUCAAGUUCUCAGCCUGCGAGUCCCAGGGGAUGAUCUACGUCAUGGGUGGAUUCACCACACGAGACAAGAACACCGAGCUCCUCCGCUACAGCCCCACUUCCGACACCUGGACGACGGUCCAAUUGUGCUCGAUGCACAUCUGUGAGCACCAGAUGGUCUCGGUGGAGGACACCAUCUACCUGGGGGGAGGCUUUGAAACAGAAAAACAGAUUCUCAGCUGGGAGGAGUAUUGCCUGCUGCAAAGUCUCAGACGGGGCGAUGACACGGUCACCAUGUGGUCCUACAACGUCACCACCCACGAGUGGCUCCACAAGAAGAGCAAAUGGCAUUCGGACAUGACGUCCACGCUGCACAACGACGGCAUCUACAUCAUGAGUCGCUACGUCCAGCUGCACGACAACCCCUUUCUCAUGUACAACAUCUUCUCCAACGACUGGGAGUACUUCCAGUACUUCCUGGAGCUAGAGGAGAUCACGCUGCUGUGCUCGCUUUACCUCCCCAACGACAAAGAAAACUAG